AUGGGAAAUCUAAUUCUCCGUUGUUGCUAUUGUUUCAAGUCUCCUGAUCCAGAUCCUCCUCCCCCUCCUCCUCCUCCAUCUCCUCCUCCUCCUCCUCCUCCUCGACGUCCUCCUCUUUACGAUUAUCUGAAUCCCCCGCCUCCUUGCCCUCCUCGACAUCAUCAUGAUAUGAAUCCUUCUCCGUCUCCUCGGGUUAAUAAAAAUAAUCAUAUGAAUCCUCAUACUACUCCUUCGCCUUCUCGGCCUCCUAAAUUCGGCCUUUUACAUUCUCCCGAUCCUUCUCAUCAUCAAUUUGAUCAUCUGAAUGCUCCUCCUGAUCAACAACAUGAUCAUAUAAUAAAUCAUCCUCCUACUAAACCAGCUCCCACAUCUCAUGAUCUUCAUCGUCCUAAAUAUGAUCAUUUGAAUCCUUCUCCUUCCCACCAAUACGAUCAUCCGAAUGUUCCUCGGACUACUCCCCCUUCUACUUCUCAUCCACGUGAUCCUCCUCGACAUGAUCAUAAAAUUCCUUCUCCUCAUCUUCACCAAUACGAUCAUUUGAAUUCUCAUCCUCAUCCUUCUCCAGAUGAUCAGCUUCACCCUCAAUCUUGA